UCCCAAGUCUGGCCUCACUGCUGAGCCCAUUUGCAAGCAUUUGUAAAAAAUAUACAGAAAUUUAUUUAUUAUAUGCACCAGCUUCGAUAUUAACAAUUCCAUUGCGACAAUGAGUUCGACGCGCCCGUUUUGCUUUGUGUGCGGCAAGAUCAAGUCCGUGGGAGUCUUCCAGUUGAUUGAAGGCUGCAUAGUGCCAGGCACUUUCAAACCGAUUAAAGACAUACUGAAAUACUUUGAGAAGAUCAUAAACCAGCGCCUGGACCUCACACCCAGCUCAGCCGCCUGUCGGGACUGCCUGGAGUACCUUUUCAACUACGACAGGCUGGUGCGGAACCUCAGUCAGGUUCAGCGUCAGAUUGCAGACGCGCUUCUAGGAUGCCGUCAAGGAGAGGGCACAGACGAUUGCAAGCCAACGGGCAAGAAGCGGGUCACCAAGCCCAGCGUCCAAGUGCCGGCCUUCCAGAUCCUACAUCCCACGCAAAAUAAGCAGGUGGAGGUUCCACAGUCCUCGGCCGCAAUGUUGGAGGCCAUGAAGGAGGAGGAAGUACAGGAGGAGGAGUUCAUGAAGGAGGAGAUGCUGGAUGAUGAUUUCCGGUUUAGCGAGGCGGAGGCGGAGGACAGCAUGUCCUCGUCUGAGGAGAUGUUCUUUGAGAACAUGGAUAUACCGUGCCACAUUUGCGGAGAGAUGUUCUCCAGUCAGGAGAUCCUAGACAGGCACAUCAAGACUGACAAUUGUCAGAAGAAUGAGUUUACUACCUGCAACAUAUGCGGUCUGAAGGUCAAGGACGACGAGGUUCUAGACCUGCACAUGAAUCUACACGAGGGUAAGACGGAACUGGAGUGUCGCUACUGUGACAAGAAGUUCUCCCACAAGCGCAACGUGCUGCGUCACAUGGAAGUACACUGGGACAAGAAGAAGUAUCAAUGCGAUAAAUGUGGCGAGCGUUUCUCGCUCUCCUGGUUGAUGUACAACCACCUAAUGCGGCACGAUGCUGAGGAGAAUGCUCUGAUUUGCGAGCUGUGCCACCAGCAGUUUAAGACUAAGCGCACCUACAAGCAUCACUUACGCACCCAUCAGGCCGAUCGACCGCGUUAUCCGUGUCCCGACUGCGAGAAGUCAUUUGUGGACAAGUACACUCUUAAGGUGCACAAGCGCGUCCACCAGCCGGCAGUGAAGGAGGACAAGACCGCCGCUGCAGCUUUAUAUUAAAGUAUUACGUU